UAUAAGUGAGCCAAUUUUAGCUGCAGUAGUGGAGCUGUAAAAUGAAAAUUGUUGAAAUGGUGUCGUAAUAAGUGUAACUUGUAUAACUAACACAAUCAAGUUCAUCACUCAACUAGGUGGGUGACACAGUAAUUCUGGCAGUCCUCGAAAUGUCGCCAGCAGCUAGUAACGCUGGUAGACAAGUGGUUCAUACAGGUUCAUAUAGGCAAUGGGUAGUACAGAUGGCUGAGAAACCCAAGUACUAUGGAAAAAAUCGUAGUAUUGUACGCAGAAUUGGUUCGUUUCUACCGUUGAAGCCUCUCCCUAAAAUCUAUGUCAGCGUAACUGCUUUACAUUCAAUGAGCAAUUCAAUGAUCGUUGAUGAUGCAAACUCUAACAUUGCCGAUACAAAUGGAUUCGGAUUGGAAAGUGCUAACAAGGGACACAUUUUCAGUGGGCGGCUAUCUGGAAGUAAGCCAGACUUGUUAGAAACCAUUAGCUUUGGUUCUGAAGUAAGAUUGCUCGCCCUGGAACAGGAGUUACAAGAAAUGCGAGAGAAAAUUGCAACAAUUGUCCAACACAUCAAAACAACAGACCCACCGUCCGACACGACCAGUGAAAAUGCAUACGCAAACGACCCACCCCGCCCUCCUCCACCACCACCACCUCUUCCGCCCCCAAGUACACCACACAUAGCAAGAAGGGCCAGUUUGCAAGAUCAUACAACAUCUGAAUGGCAUAAGCCACCCUUGAAUAGCCAAAAAUCAAUGGGAGAUAUUCUAAAGGAAAUGGACAAGGUCAAGUUGAAGCCUAUUGCAAGAUCGCCAGGUGGAGGACCAUUAAAGUUAAAGCGUGGAAACACUCCUAAUAAUGAUCUGCAAGAAAUUUUGAGAAAGCGGUACAGUGUUGUACAAGCUGAAUCUCCAGAUAGUCGAAACUCAUCUAUCAUCUCAGCUCACAACGAUUCAUUUACCCAUUAAAAACUUCCGUGAAAAUCAAAUAUUUAAAUACGAUAUGAUAAAGACUACUUUUUUUGUUUUCAUUCUCCAUUCGAAGUGAAUUAUAGUUCAGUGAUUUUCUACCUAAUUGUGAAAUUAGAUUUUGCCUAUCUGCAGGCACAUAUCUUUUAUUUGAAACGAAAUUUAUUACGCUAUGAUGAAUCUCUUUAUCUGCCAAAGAGGGUGCUAUUGAUAUUUUAAUUUGAAUGAUCGAGUAUCAUUACACGUGUAGUCAUAUUAUGAUAUUACAUACCUGUCAAUAUUUAAAGUUUUUGAUAAAUAUAAAUAAUGUUGCAUCAUAAGUCCCGAAAGAAACGUGAAUUUUAAAUCUGUACAAGCAAAACGAUAAGCCAGCUCAUUUAUCACCACUCCAGUUAUGCACAACGGAGAUAGAUUUUUUUAAACACAAACCGUAAAAAUACGAAGUAUUGAACACAUGUUCUCAACACUUCUAUUACUUUGCCCCGUAACCAGAAAAAAUAGGAUUACACAUAACGUAAAUUUGUAAUUCUACUCCGUGACUACCCUGAAAUUAAUGAGAAUGGCACUGUAAUCUCAAGGAUAAUACGUACAUUAUCCGGACUUGGUUAAUUUUACGAUCUGUUAUAGAUGUGUAUAGAUAUUCAGGUGUAAUAUACAUACAUGUAUACAUAUGUAUGUAUGUGUUUGUUAAAUGGACCACCGGUGAUAGCAUAGAAGGCUGGCUUUACUCAUCUCACAAUGUGUAAAAGUGUUUUGAUUCAUUCACCUGCGGUAGGUGAUACAUUUAAAAGUUAGUAUUAUCCAGUGAAGAAAGGUCAAAUGUAAGAAUUACCAAUAACAAGCUGACAUUAUGCGUAAUUGGAGAAUUUGCAAAUUUUUUAGUCCUUCAAAGUUUUUAAGUCUGAGAGAACUUUUCUUCAAAUGAAAAAAAGUUAAUUUUAUGUUUAAUGAAUUGUAACUCAAUCCCUGUAUGGGAACUAUGGGACUUCAGUUUGAAAAACCAAUUCAGAGAUACGAAGCAGCUUGGGCCGAUAAUUUCGUAUGUAGAAAUGUUAAAUAAGACGUAAUAAGAAUGUUAGCUUAAUUGCUUGUAUCGAGCUGAGGAUUGAACUGUGUCGUCCUCGAAUAACUAACUACGUCACAUGUAUAACACUACGUUUACAGUAUGUCGUUUCUGUACUAUUUUUUUGUUAGGAAAAAAUUUCAGUACUAGGUUUUGAAAAUUGAAAUUUGUUUUAUCCUACUGAACAUAAUAAUUAUGGUACAUGGCUCUAACUGCUGAGAUCGUUCGAUGGUGUUUCGAUGUUAUCUAUGCCUAAAUAGUAAUGUUCUUCCUACGUGAAAGAUCGUUUAGAAGACACCGAAUAAUGAAAGUUACCGUAGUUUGAAAAAGCAAGCAAAAAAAUCGUGCAAUUUGAUUUUACCUGUUCUAAAUAAGUAGGAUGGUUAUCACCUUAGGUUGUCGAGACUGAAUGCUAUCGUCGAAUAUGAAUGUGGAAGCGUGUUUUAUACCCGAGGCUUUAACGGACGGAGAGAAUAAAAAGUUAUUGUUACAUAAA